AUGAUAUUUCAAAAAUUAAGAAGCAAUCCAUACACUGCUUCGGUAAUCACUGCAUUAACCUGGGUUCCUGCUGCUAUUUUCUUUGUAGAUCAUGGAUACAGCUAUGCUACCAUCAGUGGCAGAUCAAUGCAGCCUACCUUCAAUCCAGACUCCAGCAUGAUGCGAAAAGAUGUCGUAUUACUAGAUAAAUGGUCAACGACAAAUCACAAAUUUGAGAGAGGCCAAGUAGUGACACUCAAAUCUCCAAUUGACCCAAAAUGCAUCAUCACUAAGCGAAUCAUGGCAUUGCCUGGUGAUACGAUUGUUCCGCUUCGAAAGAAAGACCAAGCUGUGCCAGUGCCUGAAGGACAUGUGUGGAUAGAAGGCGACGAAGCAUUCCAUUCUCGAGACAGCAAUUCGUUUGGCACAGUACCCAUAGGCCUCAUUGAAGCCAAAGUAACCUACAUAUUAUGGCCGCCCUCACGAUUCGGCCCUGUAGACAAGAAGCCUGUAGACAAGGAUCGUGUCAAGAUGAACGCAUUUAGACCAAACAUGGUCGAAUAA